AUGUUCGUUGUCUCCUUCUUGUUGGCCGCUCUGGUCACCCUCCAGUCUGUCGUUGCCUCGCCUGUCAACUCCCGCUUCGAUGAUACCAUCAAGGAAACUCACAAUGUCCCUCCAAAGUGGUCAAAAGUUGGGAACCCGCACCCUUUCCACCUGUUAAAGAUCAAUAUCGGUCUCAGGGCCAACAACUUUGAUCUGCUUGAGCAACACUUGCAUCAAGUUUCAGAUCCAUCUCACCAUCGUUACGGCCAACACUUGACCCAACAACAGGUCCAUGAGCUUAUCAGCCCCUCUGAUGAGACCACCGACCUCAUCGAAGAGUGGCUGUCCCAGAACGACAUUGAUCCAUCUCAUUGCCAGUACAAUGCCGCCCGGGAUUGGAUCACGCUGACCCUCCCCGUCGCUCAAGUCGAGCGUCUUCUCCACACCAAAUACUCGGUCUAUCAACAUCAAGACGGCACCAAACUUGUCCGAACCACCCAGUGGUCGCUACCACGCUCACUCCAUGAACAUGUCACCACCAUCCAACCCACCACUGCCUUCCUCCGUGCAAACCCCAAAGGAGAGACCGUCCUAACCGUCCCCACCGAGGUCGACCUUGACCAACUGACUGCCGCCGCAAAUUCCAGCUCCCUCAACCGUGUUUGCAACUUCGCCGGCAUGACGACUGCAUGCCUCCGCACUCUCUAUAAUACCGUCAACUACUCUGUCCAAGCUUCCAGCAAGAACCAGAUCGGGUUUACAAACUACCUGGGCCAGGUUUCCAGUCGCUCCGAUGCCAGACUAUAUCUGCGAAACUUCCGCCCUGAGGCUGUCAAUUCCUCCUAUGCCGUAAAUCAAGUGUCUGUUGACAACGGGCCUCUAGAUAACGCCACUGCUGAAGCCGGUGUUGAAGGUAAUCUAGACCUCGAAACCAUCCUGGGCCUCGUGUACCCUACACCGGUGACCUUAUAUUCAACCGGCGGGUCCCCCCCUUUUGACCCGGACCUCUCUACCACCUCAAACACCAAUGAACCCUAUCUAACAUGGGUCCUGUACCUACGGGAGCAAGACCCAAACACUGUUCCCAAAGUCAUCUCGACCUCCUACGGCGAUGACGAACAAACCGUGCCCGAGCUUUACGCGAAGACUGUGUGCAACCAAUUUGCCGCCCUCGGCGCCCAAGGCAUCUCACUCUUCUUUAGCUCAGGAGACUACGGUGUCGGGGAUAAUGAUAGCUGCAUUUCCAACGACGGACAGAACCGUAUAACCUUCCUCCCUGCCUUCCCGGCCUCUUGUCCCUAUGUCACCACCGUCGGUGGAACCAGGGACUAUCCUGAAGUCGUGGCCUACGACGCUCAUAACGGGUACGCCUCUGGAUCCGGCUUCAGCAAUUACUUUACUCGACCAUUCUGGCAAGCGACCGCUGUGGAGAGAUACUUAGACACAAUCGGCGACCAGUUCAAGGGCCUGUACAACACUGCUGGCCGGGCAUACCCCGAUCUGGCCGCACAGAGCUACAGAUACCUCGUCUUCGUCAACGCCAGUGUGCGAAGCGUGGACGGAACGAGUUGCGCCUCUCCCACGGUCGCCAGUAUCUUCUCCCUGGUCAACGACGCCCUGGCCGCCAAAGGCAAGCCGCCGCUAGGCUGGCUGAACCCGUGGCUAUAUCAACAAGGCUUUGCGGCGUUCACAGAUAUUGUGAACGGGAGCAGUGUCGGUUGUAACAGAGCUGGCUUCAGUGCGGCUGAGGGUUGGGAUGCCGCCAGCGGGUUCGGAACACCAGAUUUUGAGAAGAUUCUGGAUGUUCUCGAGAUUGGGACGGGAAGUUCCUAA